UCGAGGAAGAGGCAGCGCCAUGUUUCAAGGGCAGCGCGGUUGGUUUAGCGGUAGCGUCAGCCGAGAGCUGAGGCAGUUCUGGGGUAGGAAGAUGGGUGCAGGAGGUGCUUGAGGCGGGGAGAGGAGCACCUCUCCUCCUGAUGCCUCGGUCCUAGCGUGCCUGCUGGGCUUAUCCUGUGCUUUUGUCUCCACAGUGGCCGAAGGGGGGACAGUCAGCGACUCGCGGGCGGCAGACUUCUUGUUCAGCUGUGACGCCUCGCACCCAGACACCCUGAGGUACCUGAGAGCCGCCUGGAAGUGCCUCUUGUCACGACGAGCCCAGAGUCAGGGAUGGAGGUUGCAGCCCGCUAAUAAAUAUAUAUGAUAGAGGGAGACUGGAAACAGUUUUAGAUGUAACUGUUUUUCAUCCUCAAGGCCCUUGUCCAUUUGACUGGACCGGACCGUCACAAUAGCUUUCUAAGAGCUUCCGUUGCUUGGAAUCUGUCCUCCAAAAUCUCCUUUCCCGUUGCUCCCACAUUAUGUUUGUAAAGCAGAGAUCUGCUCACGGGCCUCCCCACUUUUAUUCCCCUUCUCCCUUGCUGAUUACCUACAGAUUUAGAUUUUUAGCUAGAGCCCACCUUGUUUAUUUCCCAGUUUCUCCCUCAUUCCUUCCAUAAGACCAGUCUAAGGUGUCACUGUGCCUUCGUGUUUGUCAUUCUUUUUUCUCUAAUGCCCUUCCUCUUCUUUCCACCUUUUUACAGAUCUAGGAAGGAUGUUGCUUUCUAUAUGUGAAGGCUUCCCUGACUGCCUGCCCAUACCCUACCUCAGAAUUAACUAAGUUCUUUACAGCAAAGACUAUGGGUAAAAUUUGCAGGCUGCUGGCUCUCAAUCCACUGUUUUUUGUCCCGUUAAACAGCAUCAUCUGAGGUCAAGUUUCUAAAUUUAUAUAAUAAUUGAUGACUUCUCUAAAGCUGAGAUUUGUCUAGAUGUAGGCCCCCAAAUAAGCAAUAUGCCAUGUUUUUCUUCUUUGUCAGGAGGAAAAAAAAAAUAAUAUAUGAAAGCCUUGAUUACAUAGAAGAUAAUGCUACAGUUUUUCAUGCCUACUAUCUCUCUGCAGUAGCCAAUGCUGAAAUUAAAAACUCGGUGGCUUUAGGUCAUUUCAUUCUUCCUCCUUCAUGUCUACAAAAAGAAAUAAGAAGAAAAAUUGGUAGUUUUAUUUGGGAACAAGACCAGGAUUUUCUGAUAGAAAAGCCUGAGGAAAUAGCAUCAAAUAAAAUAAAAAUCAGUGAACUAGCAACAGAGAACAAAAAAGAAUUAUCCAAAAGCAUAGAAAAGAAUUUUAUAAGGACUCCAGUUGUAGAAAAGCAAAUGUACUUCCCUCUUCAGAAUUAUCCAGUGAACAACAUGGUAACAGGUUAUAUAUCAAUUGAUGCUAUGAAGAAAUUCCUUGGGGAGUUACAUGACUUCAUUCCUGGAAGCUCAGGAUAUUUGGCAUAUCAUGUUCAAAAUGAAAUUAACAUGUCUGCUAUAAAAAACAAAUUGAAGAGGAAGAUUUGAGUUAAAAUUUCUCUUGUAUACUGGGUAUUUAUUUUCUAUAAAAUAUUGUCAAAGAUGUGCAUAAUUUAAAUGCUGUCCUUUAGGUCUGAAGGAUGGGGAAAUGGGGAUGAGUUCUUUUCUUUCUCAACAUGUGUCUUUAGGAACUCCAGAAUCCUUUUGAUGCUGUGUUUGACAUUUGGGUUAAAUUUUUCCCCAGAUGGUGUAUGUUCACAAAUUGAAUUCACAGUUGUUAUGGAGUGGUUGUUAUUGAAACACACUUCUUCAUAAGAAGCUUGCUCUCUCUCUCUCUCUCUCUCAAAUGUACUUUUAAUUUUAACAUUUUAUUAUAUUUUUUUCUAUGUUCAAUACUGUGAAUGCUAAGUUUUAUGACUCUGAUUCUGAUUAUAUUGAUUUUUUUCGUGAACUAAUAUUUUAAUUCAUUCUUAUGUGUGAAUGGCUUCUGAUAAUAAAUAUAUCAAAAGUGCAUUAAUAUAGGCUAUAAGUAUUACGUCAUCUGAGAUGAUCCUGCAAAGUACCUUAAAACCCUGUUAUGGAAAGGAUGGUAGAUAACUUCAAGUCCAACUCCUUUACUAUUUUUUUUUAAUGACAAAAUGAAGACCUUGAGAAGGGUGUCUUACCAGGGUGACUAAACGUGGGGGGGACUCACCCAAACUGGAACAUGACUUUCUUAAUUUUCCAGGCUAGUGCUUCCCACUCUUCUGCAUGGCAUGUGCUGUAGCCUCUGUGUCAGGUAUUUCUGUGUUUUGUUUUUUGAGACACAGUCACUCUGUAUUGCCCAGGCUAGCCUGGAACUUCUGGGCUCAAGUAAUCCUUCUGACUCAGUCUUCCAAGUAACUGAGACUACAGGUGUGUACUACCACAUUAGCUUCUCUGUGUCUCUUAAGUAAGUAUUGAAAUGUAGUGAUAUCAAGAAUUUUUACUGACAGGAUCAUGCUAUGACUCAAAUUUUAAGAUACAAAAUUCUAACACCACUAUUGGCAUCAAAUUUGAGAUUUUUUUUUCCAAUUUGGUAACGUUUCCUUAUUUAUAUUCACAUCUAUGGCUGAGUCCUUAUGAACUUGUAAAUUUAAAAUAACCACACUAAAUCUUCUUUUUCUAAAACAUAUUAAACAUUAUCUCUCCUGAACAA